GCACGCCAUUGGCCCAAGCAUGGCCCUCAACAUGGACAUCGAUCUCAUGGGGGCACAACCCGCCCUCUUCAAGCUCUAUACUCAACUGGCUUUCGUCUUCGCUAUGCCUCAGUCGAUAGAUCAACCAUCAUCACCUUAACCAUAACACACGGAUUGAGGCGACUAUCCCAUAGUUUCCCCUGGGUAUGUGUGACAAGAUGGGAGAGGCAGUCGUGAUCCGAUGGUUGUUCAACGCGUGUCGCGGCGAGGACUUCACAGACGAGGAAAUCAAGCUAGGGAACACGGAGAGGAGAGAUCUGGUGCCACUCAUCGGAGAAGAGGCAUGGAAACCAGGACCAGAGCUGGAGAACCAGAUACUGCCUCUUCAGCCUCCACCGGAUCAAGCAUCAACGCUCCCUACACCACACAAGUGCUCUUGGUCAUAUUUCGCCCUCAGCGCCGCUUCCAUGGAAUUACUGAAACGUCUCACAAUCACAUCCCUCACACAGGACUUCAUCGGUUACAUAUCCACCGAUGACGCCCUGUCAGCAUUCAUAUUUCAGUGCAUAUUGCGCGCCAGACAGCAACGUCUCCCCCAAGACCGUAUUGUGAGCUUUGCCCGUGCUGUUGAUGCCCGCCGGUAUCUUGAUAUACAUUCUGAAUACCAUGUUAUCCUGCAAAACAUGACAUAUAUCAGCUAUCCGCUCUCAGCGCUUCUAGCCACUCCACUUGGACACAUCGCUGCUGCAAUGCGAUACGAUGUUGAUCCCAAGACGUCAGACAUCGCGUUCCGGACACGCUCGCUGUUGACGUUCAUGUCCCGGUCCCCAGACAAUACCUCUAAGAUAAGCUUCACGGCUAUUAUGCGAACCGACGCAGAUAUCAUGCUGAGCUCAUGGGCAAAGGUCCCGGCGUAUGAGUGGGAUUUUGGACUGGGGCUGGGAAUGCCAGAAGCUGUGAGACGGCCCGGAUUUGCGCCCGUAGAGAGUUUGAUGUACGUCAUGCCGAAAGGCAAUGAUGGUGUGGUGGCAGUAGCCAUGUGCUUGAGGGAGGAGGAUCUGCAAGAGUUGAGAGGGGAUGUCGAGUGGAACAAACACACAAUAUGUGUGGGCUAGUACAGCGAUGACUCAGGAUGGGAAAACGUUACUUAAUAUCAGGCCACCAUCCACUGUGAUCAAGUU